AUGGAUAUUGAAAUGAACCCUAUGAAUCCGCGAGCGACAAAAAUGAGGACGUCGUCGUCACAGUCUUCGGCGUCGGCAGUGAUGGAUGCCAAUACUGGCGCCACAACGUUUGAUUCUACUCCAGCCACCUCCAUCAACAAAUACCAUUUUUCACCCCAAGAGUUAGAGGAAUGGAUUACGAAAAAACACAAGACUGAACGUACCGUGGUGAUGCUUGUAGGCUUGCCGGCGUCGGGGAAAAGCACCAUAGCCCGCCAGCUUUCUCGGUUUCUUCAGAAAAGUGGGUACAAAUGUGACAUUUUCAACGCCGGAGAUGUGCGACGCAAAAUGCACCAGCAGUUGAGUACCAGUGAGUUUUUCGACCCGGAUAACGUGACGGCGAAGCGUCAGCGAGAUACGUUUGCCACCAUGGCGAUGACAGACUUGUUGAGCAAUCUUCAAGACGAAGUGAUCAACGUUGGGUUUCUCGAUGCCACUAACACUUCAAUCGAGAGAAGAAAAAGUAUGAUAGAAAUGAGCAGACAAGCGGGUAUUGUCGACCACUUUAUCAUCCUCGACGUGGCGUGCGACAUCGAGGAGUAUCUCUUGUUCAACAUCAACGGCAAAGCGUUCAAUGCUGAUUAUAGAAACAUCAACCACGAAGUGGCCAUAGCCGACUUUAAGAAACGAACUAAACACUACUACAAAGCUUACGAACCACUCACCAAGGAAGAAAUCGACGGGUUUGAGCCAAAAGUUGCCGCUUGGGUGAAUAUUCGAAACUGUGGAAAAGCAACUGCCAUUUAUAACCCCAGCAAUUGCAACGAUGAAAUCGUAAUGCUCAUUGCCCAAUUUGCAGAUAACUACCUUGAGGACGACGGAAAGCGGUACAUGGAAGCGGUGCAAGCGUUCUACUCAAAAGUGUAA